UGGAGCAGCAGCGGCUCGGAAGACCGGUGGAAACACACUGAUGGGAACGGACGGGUGGGAACGAAACGAGGGGCUGAAUAAAAAAGUGUCCCCUCCCGCCCACCCCAGAGCGCUUGUCUCCUAAAGAGAAAAUAGCCCCCGGGUCGCAGGUUCGGGCUUUUAAUUUUAUUUAUGAUCUCUCCGGCGUCGGUGCCGCUGCGCUGGCUGGGUUUGGGGAUUUUACCUCGGUAUUAAAUAGAAAAUGCAGGCAUGAUGUACAUGGGAUGAACGAGAGUGAAGGUGUUCAUGUGUGUUCCUGUGGAUCUCAUACCCACCACUGGCUGUCAGGAUUUUUGGGCAAAAGCCUUGGCUUCUUUAAAUAUGCACCCCUGGCACAACUAAAAAGCCGAGACGCAACGAGAGGCCGUCAGCGCUGUGAAUCGGGCACCAUGGCAGCAGGCGGGUGUGGCAUGCACCCCUGGGAACUCGUCCUGGCUGUGGCUCUCCUCUCCUCAGCCGUGCAGGCAGGAGCGAGCCGGUCUCAGGAGCCAUCGCAGAGUGCCUACUUCCUGCCUGAGUUUGCGCUGUCCCCCCAGGGCAGCUUCCAGGAGGAUACGACCGAGGAGCGGCUGCUCACCUACCGCCAUGAUGACCAGUCAUCGAGGAUGACGCGUUCUGAUGAAGACCGGGAGGUGGGCUGGGAUGCCUGGGGCACCUGGAGUGACUGUUCUCGCACCUGUGGAGGCGGUGCCUCCUACUCACUGCGCAGAUGCCUCAGCGGGAGUUGUGAAGGCAGGAACAUCAGAUACAGAACAUGCAGCAACAUGGAUUGUCCAGUGGACGCAGGGGACUUUAGAGCCCAGCAGUGCUCUGCUCACAACGAUGUGAAGUACCAGGGACACACAUAUGAGUGGUUGCCAGCGACACAUGAUCCGGCAGCCCCCUGCACCCUUCGGUGCCAGGCCCGAGGCCAGGGGCUGGUGGUGGAACUGGCCCCCAAGGUGCUGGAUGGCACACGCUGCAGAGCUGACUCAUUGGAUAUGUGCAUCAAUGGGGUUUGCAAGGAGGUUGGCUGCGAUCACCAACUGGGCAGCAAUGCAAGGGAAGACAACUGCGGAGUGUGUGCGGGAGACGGCUCCACCUGCAGGCUGAUGAGGGGACAAGCUCUGUCACAUGUCUCUGCAGAGGAAUCGGUGAAGAUGGUGGUGGAGAUCCCCCUGGGAAGCCGCAACGUGAGGGUCACGGCCAAGGGACCCGAUCUCAUGAUCGUGGAGAUGCACACUCUGCAGGGGCAGAGAGAGGAGUACAUCCCCGGCCCCCCAGGGGCCCACGUCAUAGGUAACACCUCCGUGGAGCUGCAGAAGGGACUGGAAAGACUGACCCUCCGGGCCCCUGGACCCCUGGCAGCAGACUUCAUCAUCAAGGUGAAGGACACUGCUCCCAGGAACACCCUGGUCCAGUUCAUGUUCUACCAGCCCAUCCGCUAUCAGUGGAGGGAGACAGACUUCUUCCCCUGCACCGUUACCUGUGGAGGGGGGUACCAGCUGAACUCAGCCGAAUGCGUGGACACUCGCCUGAACCGUGUGGUGCCCGACCACCACCACUGCAACCUUUACCCUGAGAACAAGAAACCCAAACCCAAGCUGAGAGAGUGUAACCUGGACUUCUGUCCGGAAAGUGAUGGCUUCAAGGAAGUCAUGCCAUAUGACCAGUUCCAGCCCCUGCCCCGCUGGGAGCUGAACCCCUGGACGAUGUGCUCAGCCUCAUGCGGAGGGGGCACCCAGAGCAGAAGUGUAGUAUGCGUGGAGGAGGACGUGCAGGGCCAGGUGGCCCAGGCAGAGGAGUGGAAGUGUGCCCACUCGAGCCGCCCUGCCGAGCAUCAGGACUGCAACACCUUCGACUGCCCCCAGUGGGCAGCAAUGGAGUGGUCUCAGUGCACAGUGACCUGUGGCCGUGGCUUGCGUUACAGAGUGGUUCUGUGCCUGGAUCACAGAGGGCAGCACGCUGGGGGAUGUGAUGCUGGGCGGAAGCCUCACGUCAAAGAGGACUGCCUGGUCCCCGUCGCGUGCUACAGGCCCCGAGAGACCCUUCCUGUGGAGGCUAAGAUGCCUUGGCAGAAGCUGGCCCAGGAGCUGGAGGAACCCAAAGCUGCAUCGGAGGAGCCCACGUUCAUCAGUGGGCCGUGGCUGCCUUGCAGUGCCUCCUGUGGCCCAGGCUGGCAGAGCCGCUGGGUGAAGUGUCAGGUCUUGCUGUCCUUUACCCAGACUGAGGUGGACCUCCCAGAUGAGGAGUGUGGGGAGGACAGGCCCUUGGCGGAAAGGCCCUGCAACCUGGGCUCCUGUGGGGGAAUAUCUGGAACCCACCAGAAAGAGCCACACUAUGGCUGGGAACAUGUGGGCUUUACUGCCUGCUCCUCCACCUGUGCAGCAGGAACACAAGAAGCCAUGGUGAAGUGCCUAAGAUUGGAGACACGGGAAACGGUGGAUGAGAGCUUCUGCAACAGGUCAAGGCGACCCCUGGCAACCAUUAGAGUCUGUAACCCCCAUCCAUGCCCCCCAAGGUGGGAGUCAGGUCCUUGGACCCAGUGCACUGCCACUUGCGGGGUUGGCAUCCAGACCCGGAGCGUGUAUUGCAGGCAGCUGCGGUCCCUGAAGCCUAUGGAUGUGGUGGCCGUACCUGAUGCUGAGUGCCUGGAAUUUAAACCAUCUGUGCUCAGGGCCUGCAAUCAGGUGGACUGCCCGGCAGCCUGGCACACGGACGAAUGGCAGCAGUGCUCGCACACCUGUGGGGGAGGCACACAGUCACGGAAGGUCCACUGCAAGCAGCGGCUCUCCACUGGGGGAUUUCGGAAACUUCCAGACACAUCCUGCCCUGGGGUGAAGCCGGUGGCCCAUAAGUCCUGCGCUAGGACAUCCUGUCCUCCUCAGAUGGCCGGUGGAGACUGGUCAAAGUGCUCUGUGAGCUGUGGGACUGGGGUCCAGCGGAGAGAGCCCAUGUGUCGCAGGCUGACGGCUACGGGGCACCAGGUGACACUGGCCCAAACCGCCUGCAAUGGUCUUCCGCCACCACCACUUGUCAGGGCCUGCCGUAUGAAUGCAUGCCCCAAGCCCGAGAAGGUGGCGAAGCCCAAGCAACCGUACAUCCUGGGCCUGCAUCGCAUCUACAUUCAGACCCGCCAGGAGAAGCGCAUCCACCUCACUGUCGGGGGCAGGGCCUAUCUGCUGCCCAAAACAUCUGUGGUGAUCAAGUGCCCUGUGCGUCGCUUCCAGAAACAUCACAUCAGGUGGGAAAAGGAUGGUAAGGGCCUGAUCCCUUCCAGGCGCCUAGGAAUCACCAAGUCUGGCUCACUGAAGAUCCAUGGGCUGGAGGCAGCUGAUAUUGGGGUCUACCGCUGUGUGGCUGGCCUGGCCUCUGAGACCUUUGUCCUGAAGCUCAUUGGAAACAACAACAGGCUUGUUGACCCACCAAAAGUGAACGGGAUUGAGGUGACGCCCAGAAACACUCUGGCCAAGCAGGACCAGGGCCACUCAGAGGAGAUGUGGAAACACAUGAACACCAUGUGGCAAAACUGGAGCCAGAAGAAUGAAUACUACUUGGAUGACAGCCAGGCUCAGGGUCACGAUGAAGCCUUCCUGCAAGUUCUCCAUAACUACCUGACAAGCACUGUUCAGCCACCUGACACACACCUGGAGUUGUCUGUCCUGCGAGGGGGGCACAGCCUGGAGCCCCGGCAUCUCGAGGAGCUGCUGAGGAACAUUAGCGUGGCUGGUGAACGGAUGAAUGGGAACGUGGCCAAAGAGCAGAUGACACCGAGCCCUGGAAAGCGGCCCACGUCUGGAGGAGAGGCCAAGCCGAGCACCGUUCUCCUCAACAGGACUGCCAAUGCAUCAGAACAGAUGCUGGCAGAAAGUAAAGCCCAGUCCAAGAAGCCUGCCAUAGUCCAGCAGAAGCUUUACCCUGUGGCAGGCUUCCAGGAGAACAUUAGGAUGAGCAUUGGCCAAAAGGCUAUCCUAACCAAUGCCACCCGUAGUGUGCUCCUGCUCUGCAUCAGCCAGGGAGCUCCCGAGCCCAACAUCACCUGGACCAAAGACGGAGAGCAGCUGCAGGUGACAGACAGGGUGUUUUGGGACCAGACCGGAGUGCUGCACAUCUCUGAGCCACGCAAAGAAGACAAAGGAGUGUACCGCUGCACCGCCACCAACGAGCUCGGCUCGGACACGCAGACCUCCCAGCUGCUGUUGGCCGAGGCCCCCUCCAUUGCUGCCUCUGGGAGGGACGUGUCAGAUGUGGAGAACAUGGAGCUGAACGCUGUGGUCGGUGGCAGAGUGACUGUGCGCCGAGGGGCUAACCUCACAUUGCUGUGUCCAGUCUCAGGAUUCCCUGUGCCCAAUGUCACCUGGGCCAGGGAAGAGGGGCCAGUGACCCGAAAUGCAGUCUCCCAACCUGGUGGCUCCUUGCUGAUCCACACCAUUUCAUACGGGGAUGUUGGGACGUACGCCUGCUCCGCCGCCAACUCCUUUGGGACAUCUGUGGCUUCCAGCAGCGUUCAUGUGGUCGAUCCCACCACCAGAGGGCACUUGCAGCACCAGAAUGGGAGCCACAGAAAGGUGCUGAUGGCCUCUCACCUAGGAACCAACAUCACCGUCCGACCUGGAGAGCACCUCCGCAUAGGGUGUCCCAUCCAUCCAAACCACAGAGAGCCCAUCAGCUGGUCCUUCCAGAACCGCACUCUGCAGGAGGUCCUGGGCCCUCGAUACCGGGUGUUGGCUGCAGGUCGGGUGCUCGAGGUGAACCCACUCUCUGGGAAGUCCGCAGGGAUUUACAGAUGUCAGAGUGCCAUUCACUCUCAGCUUGUGUCCGCCUGGGUCCACGUGAGCGUAGACGUGUUUGACUGGAGGCCUGGUGUGUGGACAGCCUGCAGUGUCAGCUGUGGCAGUAGAGGGGUCCAGUCCAGGAGGGUACGCUGCACCAGUGCUGGGGGCCAGGAUAUGGCUCCUGCUUUGUGUCUCCACCUGCCCCGUCCAGCCAGCCCCUCUCAGCCUUGCAACGUACGAGACUGCCCACCCAGCUGGGAGGCAACUGUGUGGUCAGAGUGCUCUGUUUCCUGUGGGCUGGGCUUCCGGCAGAGGCAAGUGCGGUGCCACCAAAGGCAGGCCCAGGGGACGUUGCGAGUCCUGCCUGAGUCCAUGUGUGGUGCGGCCCUGCGGCCGCCGGACAGAGAGGAGUGUCACUCACACGUGUGUGCGGUGUGGCGAACCAGCCCAUGGGGACAGUGCUCCGGGAGGUGUGUUGGCCCCGCCCUCGCCAUGCAGAGCCGGCCAGUGGUGUGCCAGCAUACCAAUGGCUCAUCCCUUCCCGAGUCACACUGCGACCACAGGACCAGGCCAGCAUCAGCACGCAACUGCACCUGGGAGGUGUGUGCCAACCAGUGGAGGACUGGGCCGUGGCGGGCAUGUAGUGCCGACUGUGGCAGCGGGUUCCAGUCUCGCAAGGUGGAGUGUGUUCACAGGAGGACCAGCAGGAUCCUGGCGGACCAGCACUGUGCCUGGCAGCGCCGCCCGAUAGCUUGGCAACACUGCAAUGUGAUGUCCUGUGAUGGUGCCUGCAGGGACUCCACCCACUACUGUACCGCAGUGAGGAGGCUCCAGCUCUGCCCCCUGGGCCUUUAUAAGCAGCGCUGCUGCCAGACCUGCCAGGAGGAGGCUCCAAUCAGCCCAUGAUGGGUUCUGGCUAGGUCUCCCUGUGUGGCUGGAUGGAGGGGACAGUAAUGAAAUCUGCCGGGCUACUUCCACAGUGUUGUUCCUCUGCUAAGACACUCCUCCACAGAUGCUGCUCUGGCAUUUCGCUCACCCUUCAUGACCGGCUGUUGAAGCAGAAAGGACAGGAAAUGAAAGUUGCUGUAGAAGAGGAAAUGCAAUCACAGCUUACGGGCCUAAAUAGACUGUUUGAUAUGACAACCGCCCC